GUUAUCUUUUUUUCUACUUUCGCGUCUUCUCAUGUGUUUACGAUAUGUGCGCCGAAAUCUGAGAUAAUCUGAAAUAAGAAAAGAAACUCUCUAGUCUCAUGAGUAAUACUAAGCAAGGAUUCAUUGCUGUUCAUGUGGGUGCUGGACAACACUCCAUAUCUCUUAAAGAAAAAUAUCAAAAGUUAUGUCACGAAGCAUGCAAAGUGGGAGCUCAAUGUUUGAGAUCAAGUGGCAAUGCAUUGGAUGCAGUGGUAGAAACAGUGAUGGUACUGGAAGAUUCUCCUAUGACAAAUGCUGGAUUUGGAUCAAAUCUCACCUUGAAUGGAACAGUAGAAUGCGAUGCGAGUGUGAUGGAUGGCACUAAUUUGCAGUACGGUGCGAUUGGUGCAGUUAGUGGAAUUAAAAAUCCAGUUAUAUUGGCGAAGCGUUUGUGUGAACAGCAAUCUAUUAAGUUUGCAUAUGGUCGAAUUCCACCUAGCUUUUUAGUUGGAGAUGGUGCGCAUAUUUGGGCACACGAGAUGGGCAUACAAACAUUACCACCAGAACAAUUAAUAUCAGUAAGAGCUCAGAAAAUAUACAAACACUAUAAAAGAAAAGUGGAGGACUGCAGUGUGGAGAUUCAAAAGUGUGCUAAGAAAAGGAUGGAUACAGUAGGUGCAAUAUGUGUUGAUGAUGAUGGAAAUAUUGCUGCGGCUUGCUCGAGUGGCGGUAUAAUUCUGAAAUAUCCUGGAAGAGUUGGGCAGGCUGGAGUGUGGGGCUGCGGUGCCUGGGCUUGCAAGGAUGCCUCUUAUUCGGUGGGCGCCAGCACGUCAGGUUGCGGGGAACAUCUUGUGCGCACCUCGUUAGCUCGUACAGUUGCCGAAGCUAUCUCGAACACCUCUUGUCCGACUACGAGUUUGCAUCGGGCGAUGAACGUAGAUUUUAUCGAUUCGAAAUUUCUCUACGGACUCGAACAGAAACUCGGCGGCGUCAUCGCGGUACGUUAUUCGCCGGAAGAGGGACUGGGCGAUUUUCUCUGGAGUCAUUCCACGAAUUCCAUGAUAAUAGGCUACAUGAAUACAUGUCAACGUGCACCAGUGAGCUACAUGUCAGCCUUACCAGCGCACGAAGUAGGUAAGAAAGCUGUUGUUGAAGGUGUUUGCUUCAAACUGAAAUCUAAAUGAGAUUAUAUACAUCAUCAGAUAUAAAGUUUUUGUAAAAAAAAUUAACUUUUAUAGCCUAAAAUACUUUAUAUACCAAAUUUUUAUACGGAUCAGCGCUAAUUUGUUUAAUGAAAUUCACACAUAAUAUAAUAGUACUGCCAGGUUGAAUCAUUUUACAUAAUCACAAUUUUGUGAGAUACACGUAUUUUCCUAAAUUUUUAACUUGUACAUACAAACAUAAUAAAUUCCGAUGAAACAGUUUGAAAUAA